AUGAGGGGGAAGCACUCGGGGGCAGGGGGAGAAGCUCUACAUGAGCACGAAGCUCAUGGCGGAGGUUGGAUAUACAUAUAUCUCUCGGUCCCUCGGACAGAGCCCAGAAACCGAGAGAGACAUGCGCUCCCUACGCGAGGGAGCACUCCGGCAGGGACCGGGAAACUUUGGGGCGGGGGGCAGGGGAUUACGGGGGACAGGCACGGGAGGAAACCCACCACGAGCGGGGCCAGACGGGAGGAGAGGGCGGGCGGACAGGUGGGAAGGAUCAACCCGCCAGCGCACGAGGCUAGGAGGGGGACGGCUACGGGGGCAGGAAGGAGGGGAGAGGAGGCAGAACAAUGGAGGCCCGCUCUCAGCCCCUCGGGCUGCGCCCAAGGACUGAUAGUGGGUGCUUCCUCCGUGAGGAGGAAGCGCCCCGGCGGGAGGGGGGAGGGGGGAGGGGAAAGAAGUCAAGCCCCGCCCUCACCCACGCCAUCCCUCGUCCAUGCCGCCCCUCUACCUUCACCUCAACUCCGUCUCUACCAGCGCACGAGGCUGGGGUUUAGGAGACGGAGGAGGAGGAUGGGGAUGGAAACGGGGGUAGGGGCGGGGGCGGGAGCAGGGGAGGCUACGGGGAGGGGGGGGAGGGGGGAAGGGGGCGACAGGGACCCCCAGGAGCCAAAGGUAUCCCUUGAGGGAGAGGGGGCCAGGAGAAGGAGGGGUGAGGAGGGGGAGAGGACCAGCAGGAGGGGCCACAAGGGGCAGGGGAACCACAGGGCAAGGGGGAGAAAAGGCAAACAGGCCAUAACCACCAGAUCCCAAAUCCCAAUCCUACCCUCCCAGGUCGUUUGUGGGAGGCAGUGGGGUGGAUCGAUGGUGGUCAUGGCCCUGUCUGAUAGCAAGGAAAGAACAAGGAAGAGAGAGAGGAGACAGUGGGUGGGUUUAUAUAGCCUGUGGAAAUGUGGCCGACAUCUGUUUAGAGAUACAAUCUUGGCUGGGCCUGGGCCUGGGCGGAUUGGAGGUGAGAUUGAAGGACGCUGGGGGCUUUCUCGGUUCUAG